AUGAAACUAAGAAAUGAAGUGUCCAUAAGAAUUCUCAAUAAUCUAAACUUGAGUGUCGACGCAGAUAUCACCUUGUCUGCAAAACUAGAUGAAACGUGCUAUAAACUUUAUGAGGUAUAUAAUUUUGGAAAAGUACGCAAUGGGACGUUCGUCGUUAAAAGUAUAGGGGAUUGGAAUAUACAUAAAGGUCUGAACAUUUCAUCGGAGUACAAAUAUUAUAGACGAUUUGAUUUUCGACAAAUGGCUUUCGAAAUGGCAGUAGUGAUGACUCCAAUCCCAACAGUGUUUGACCCUGAGAUGGUUUUGGGUAGAGUCCCUGACCACAGGGUGUCGACGAUCACUCACACCGGCGCCAUGGUACUUCAUCAGCUUACUGGAGUACACAACUUUAGAUACAAUUACACAGUCGUUGACCGCUGGGUCGGGGAUUACGUGAAGAACAAUUCGCAGGCAGUGACGAAUGGAUUAUACUUUCGAGAGCAGGACAUCACACCAAUCUUACGUUUGCUGCCUCAUUUCUCUGAUAGAUACGACUUCGCCGCUCCAGCGGUCACCUUCAUUGAAACACGGUAUUACUACCGCAUCCCUUCCCAGGGUGUUGGCAAGUUUGAGAACCAGUUCCUCCGCCCCCUGUCACCAGGCACCUGGUGGUGUGUAGUGGGGAUAUGCGCACUCUGCUGCGUUGUUUUGCUGCUGUCGGCCAUCGUAGAGCACCGACCUAUGAAUGUGUACUAUUGCUACUACUCCAUCUUCUCCGUACUGGCGUUGAUAUGCCAGCAAUUUUUCGAAGAGUUUGAAGAUUUACGGCGAAUAUCGGAAGCCAGGAAGGUGACAAUCCUAGUGACGGGCCUGGCUUGUCUCCUGCUCUACAACUACUACACCAGUAGCGUAGUCAGUUGGCUGCUCAACGGACCGCCGCCCUCCAUCAACUCGCUGUGGGAACUGCUCGACAGUCCGCUCACACCGGUGUUUGAAGACGUUGGAUACACUUAUUCUUGGUUACAGUUACCAGACUACUAUUUCAACAGAAAGGCGGCAAAAGCAGAAGACGAAUUGAAAAGGCGGCUAAAUAAUAUGAUAAAGAAAGGAAAAACUGUAGACGCAUCGAUAAACGUAGGCAUAGAGUUGGUACGGAGAGGAGGGUACGCAUACCAUGCGGAGACAAAUGCAGCGAACGAGAGAAUAUCUCGCACCUUCGACCAAAGAGAGUUGUGCGAUCUGGACUCUUUACUCUCUUUCGAACAUAUUCUUCUUUACCCGUGUGUACAGAAGAAUAGCCCUUACAAAGAAUUUUUUAGUUGGAGUCUAGCGCGUCUUCUGGAAAGGGGUGUGUUAAACUGUGUGCACGAAAGGACCUGGACCCGGGAGAUGAAGUGUGGGGGAAGUACACCAAGAGCCUUGGCUUUAGGAGGAGCAGCGCCAGCCUUCAUCGUUCUGGCUGCAGGAGUCAUCCUUGGAGUACUCAUUAUGCUUGUUGAAAGGUAUAAAGCUUUGAUACUACAAAGACAAAUGAAAGUCAACAUUUUAUCAAAUUAGAAACCUUGGCUACGAGUUAUGAUGAUAACUAAAGAAAUUUGAAAUUUGACUGCUCAAUUGUUAAAAACUAAUUUAAGAAAGUGAAAUAAGUGAAUCGGGGUUAAAAAGGUAUAAUCAAUCGACUCAACCUAUUGUUGAAGUCACCCGCGUCGUUUUA